AUGAGUGCGUACCAAGCUCACCCAGCCGUGCAGGCACGCUGGUGCCACUGGGCUCCGACACUUCUGCGCACGCUCUGUGCCGCAGGUGCGGCUCUCUCGGAUGCUGUGAUUGAUUUCUCAGGCAAUGCUCUGGAGGUCGAAGACCUCCUGGAUUUCAGGCCAAUGCAGCAGAUGUCUUUGCAAUUUAGCGUUUGUGCCAUGGGCUUUCAGAUCACUCGCAGGCAUGCUGAUGGCAAGGACCUCUACCUGGUGAAGUGGAAGGGCUACAGCGAAACUUCCUGGGAGCCGGACGAAAACAUUGGUUCCGAGCUUGCUGACUUGAAGCGAGCUGCCAGAGCCAAAACCGGCCAUGAGGUCCGGGAUGACAGGAAAAGAAAGAAAAAAGGAAACGAUGAAAAGGUUGGCAAGAAAGAGAAGAAGAAGGAUAAAAAGAAGCGGAAGAGAGGAUCAAGCGACAGGAAGCGGAGCUCGGAUUCGGACAAGAACGAUGAGCCGCUUCCCAUGGGGAUGAUGCCCCCACCUGGCAUGCUGCCGCCGAUGCCACCUGGAAUGAUGCCACCAGGAAUGAUGCCUCACGGCAUGGCCUUUCCGCCACACCUCGGGCCCGAAGGUAAGGGGAAAGGUAUGCCACCCAUGCCUGGCAAGGGAAUGCCCCCAUUUGGUAAGGGCAUGCCUCCACCCAUGCAUCCACCUCCUUUCGGGCAUGGGCCAUGUCCACCGCCGCCUGGACCGUGGUUUGAUCCCAAGGGUUUUCCAAUCCCAGGUAAGGGCAUGGCACCUAUGAAAGGCUUUCCUGGCAAAGGGCCAAUUCCAUUCCAAAGGCCAAUGCCACCUGGAUCCAGAGAAGCAUCCGACAUGCAGCGCUUUGCAUCCGAGAAGAAGUACCGGCUGAGGGACUUUGCGCAGCGGGUGCGCGACUACCUCAACAAGCACUCGUCACAGGUUCCUGAAGAGAAGCAAUCUAAAGCCAAGAAUUUGGAGGAGGCGCUUGGCUUGAAACUGCAGGGAAGUCAACUUCCGCUCUUCCUUCCCAUAGAGCUUCUGUUGACGCAUGCCCUGUGCCUGGUCUGGCUCAUGGAUGUGGACAGCACUGAUGAGCAGUAUGACUUGCUCCAACAAGUCACACGCCUUGCAAAUCAUAGUGGGGCACAGGCUAGACAGCUCUUUAUUCAAAUUCUGAAGGAGAGCUGCUGGGCACGGAGGCAGUCGCAACAGUCUGCGUCUGCACCUGAAUCAGCCAAGCUCUUUGCAAGUCUGGAAAGGCCAAGUGGUCCGACACCUUUAGGACUCCCAUCGCUACCUGGUCUGCCUGCAGAUGCCCGCCCAGAGCAUUGGCGAAACCUUAUUGUACAGCUCUACAAAGAUCAUAACCCAUCCAAGCUAGGAGACAUUGAGGCGCUCAUGGCCAAGUACAAAGGCCGGGAACGAACCUUAUAUCUUUGUAUUUGCGAGAAGUACCGAGUGUCGCCCAACUUGGAGCCCAAGUCUGUGCCAUCCGAGAAAGCCCCUGCGGGCGAAGACAAGAAAGUGAAGAAGUACCGGGAGCUCAUCACAGAGAUUUACAAGGAACACAACCCAUCCAAGCUUACAGAUUUGGAUGGCUUGCUUCAGAAGUACAAGGGCAGGGAGGAGUUGGUCUACAAAGGCAUUUGCGAGAAGUAUCAUGUGGAACCCAAGACGUCCAAGAAAGAGGAAGCCAAAACUACUUUCGAGAAGUACAAGCAGCUCAUUGCCGAAAUCUAUGCUGAGCACAACAAGGAAAAACUGGGCGAGCUCGAUGACUUGCUUGGAAAAUACAAGGGCAAGGAGAAGACCCUCUACUUGGCCGUUUGUCAUAAGUACAACAUAGAGCCAAAGCUUCCGAGCAACAAGAAGAAGGAGAAAAAGACAGAAGUGGAUGAUGGCAAGGAUCGCCCUCCUGAAGAUGCCAAAAACACAGAAGAAGACGUCAAAGCCAGCACGGCAAAUACCGAGCUGGUAAAGCUGGAUGACUUCAACUUGCCUCCAGGAUCCCAUGAGGAUUUGGCAAAGAUGCUGAACCGAUUGCUGGACAUGGCCGUGCUGCACGGUGCGGGUUUUGAUGAGAAAGAGGCCACUCGGGUCUGCGCUUGGCAGGAAGGUUGCCCGAAUAGACAAUUGCCCUGCACUUUGAGUUACCGGUUCGAGUUGCAGGGCCUGAGCUCAGCGCAAACAGAGAAGUUUACCGACAGGCUCUAUGGUUCUGGGGGCAGCCGCUGGACCAAGCUCCUCAGCAUUUGCCCUGGAACAGAAAUCAAGGGCCCAAAAGACUCCUCGGACGCUUUGAUAGUGACAGGAGAUGGUGGAGGAGCUCAAGGCAGGAAGCCCUUUGACAACGCGGUAAUCCACAUUGCAGAUUCCUUAGGAAGGGCUGUGCGCGAAUGCAUGGAUGUCAUGGACUCAGAUGACGAAGGCGCCAGGGAUCGCUGGUACCUUCCAUGGAGCUCCGAGGAAAAUGCAUAUAUCUUGCUCGAUGGAGAGAAACCACUCAAAAAGGAAGUGGGCGUGGAGUAUCGGAGAGGCUGCUGGACACCCCGUCGCUAUGUUGCCAUGCAUUGCCACUCCGCUCACCACAAUUUAUGCGGCCCAGAUGUUCAAGGACGGCUGCCAGACUUCUGGCGCGAGCUCGCUGACAAGCUCUGGCUUGGCAUUCUGACGCUGAAUUGGGGCACGGACGUGCCACUGGACACCGUGGUGGUGAUCCAGACGACAGGUGGCCAUGAAGCUGCGGGUAGAAGUGUGGGCAUGCCCCAAGGCUGCAAAGAAGCGGCACCUAGCGCAUGCGUGAUCGUAACAGCACCGACAGCCGAAGAACUCGAGACGGCAAACAAGAAGCUCGGACCCCUUCUGUCGAAGGUUCUGACAGGUAUUCGUGCCAACGCUGCCUUUGCCAUGCAUGUCCUGUCAAUGCCCCAGUUUCGCAGCAUGGGUCGAGCGACGUGGUAUCCUGGCAUGGUACUCGCUGCUCGCCAGGGUUUUGAGAACAGGGAAGCUGCAUCUUCAGACUCCGAAGCCGCUGAUGAGGACUUGGACCCUGAUGCGGACAUACUAUCAGAUGCUGAACCUACCGAUGCCUACCGACCGCUUCGACUUUCUCGCAUGAAGGUUAGAGAAGCAUAUUUACAGGGCUUGCUGUGCCUGAAUUGUGAUGCUGCCGAUCACAAACACCAAGAGUGCCCCUUUCGCAAGAAAGUGUGCUGGAAUUGCCAUGGCAACCACUGCGGCAAUGAUUGCCCGCUUCGCUGCAGAUUCUGCAGAGAUCGCCAUGACUACCCUCUUGUGGAAUGCGUGAAGAAGGUUUGCCGCCGUGUCAGUGACUGGAAAAAGUCUAAGCCGUUUCAGGAGCAGCGGACUGUUCUUGCGUUGUUGGAACAACUCAUGAUCAAGCUGGAGGGCUUUGCAGAUAUUGACCUGGCAAAGCACAACAAAGAGGUCCAAGACCUGGUGAAGCAGUUGAAUGAGCAAACAACACUCUUCCCCGUUGAGAUCCAGGAUGUGGCGCUCUCCAUCCUGGAUAUGAAGCCACCUACGAAGCAGCCGAUGGAGCUGCCCAUUCCGCCUCCCCCUUCCACGCCAGCACCGAAACCUUACGUAGCUCCAAAGCUUCCCAAGGAUGCCCCACCACCUCUUCCCGAAAACAAGUAUCCGUGGCAAGAGAAAAUUUUCUUAGACACGCUCCUUUCCAAAGGCCUCUAUGGCUCCAAUGUUCUCAGUCGCGUGAUUGGGAGGGGCGGCAUGCACCAUCGCAGAAUGGAAAGCGAGAGUGGCGCACGCGUCUUCUUUCGCGGCCUCGGCGUGAGUGGCAGAGAUAUGGACCUUAGUGACCCCAGCGACUGUAGGCUGCACAUUUCUGUGAAAGGUGAGGUGCCUCAACAGGGAAAAUCCGUAAGACGGAUCAUCAAGGAGAUCGUUGCUGAGCUGGAUGCUGAGCUAACAGAGAGGUCAGAGAGGGGGGAGAUUGGACCUGCGUUGGACAACCCUCGUAUCCCCGAUGCACAUCCUUUCGGCUUCAUGCUCAGCAGGGGAACAGGGCCGGAGAACGGAGAGCCCUUGAAGUUUCGUUUUCCAGAGGAGGACGGCCAAACCUUGAACGAUAUGCUGCUGUGGCUAAAGCAGGCCAAGCUUCCAUUGGAGUUGGACUCAGACACGCAGUGGCGAACCACUCUGCAGGCGGGCAAACGGGCAAAUCAGAACGUUCAAACCGAUGUUCAUGAUGUUCAGAACGGCUCCCAAACUCCUAUCUGCCAGGUGACUCCAGCAGAGCCCCCGCUGCCUGAUGACGCUCCUGAGCAGGCUGAGGUUGUGGCCGCCAGCUUAGCAGCUGAGUUCGCGAAGAUGAUGCAGGACUGGAGUUAUCCGAGCCCAUAUUGGUUUGAGGAGCAUGACCUGCGACCAACUGGCCUGUGGUCGUCUCUGACAGCUGGGGAGGGCGAUGGAAGCUCAAUUGCCCUUCAACAGGGACAAGGCGUGAGGUUGAGCGCUGCGGCUGUUGAGCAUUUCUCAACGGUUUUGGAGAAGACGCAGCUAUCUUCGAUGCCCAGGAUCAUCAUCCUUGAAGUGCUUUCACGCCUACGGGGUGUGGUGAGGAGACAGGUCGAGGAUGAGCAGCUCCUGUUCUAUUUGCUCUACCCGUGGGCUUGGUUUUCCGAUUCAAUGGGCCGCGGCUUGAAGUUACCUUACGGCAAACAGAAGGUGCAUGCCAUGCUUGCAGAAAUGGGACGCAUGGGAGGCAAGCCAACGGAAUCACAGGUGUCACCACCAUUUCGAGGCUUCUUUGUGGAGUGGUUGCCCCUGAGAGCAGGCACAUCACGCCCAGAAGCACCCUAUGUUCCGAUGGUGCCAGCACCUGCAGCUCCUGCAGCUGCACCACGUCAAACUCCAAUCACUCCCGAACCCCCAAAAGUUGCACCACCGCUUCCGUCCAGUGCUCCAAGAGGCUUCUGCAAGUACUGGCUUCCGGAAACAGCCUUCAAGUCAAGACAAGAUUUGCGGGAGCUCAUUACCGGGCCUGGAGGGUCGCACUUUGCACACAUUCUUCGAAAGUAUCCUAAUGUGGAUUUGAGGAUUGAAGGUCAGAAUUCGCUGAGUGUGCCACCUGCUCACCGGCUACACGUCUCCAUCAGCAGUGAGGAUUCAGCGGCCUUCGACAGCGCUGCAGUUGAUGUCUUGGAUUUGGUGGAGACGGUUUGCGACAUGAUCGGGGAGGAGCUGCAGAUGACCGAGGAGCAGGUGGACACGAUGAUCUCUCAGGUCCGUGCAGAGAAGUACUUCGAGGCUCAUGGGAUUCGCACUCCGCUUCCGACAGCGCGCCCCACCACUGCCGCACCAGCAGAAGCAGAGUUCGAGUUUGUCGAUGACGACAUGGAGCUCGAUGACCAGGACGAUGAUGACGAUGCAGAUACUGAAGAUGAAGAUGCUAGAACCGAAGCAUCUGACUGCAUGUCAGAUGUUACAGAAGCUGACGGCGAAGAUGGGGGAGCACGACAGCUCCUGGCUUUGCUGCAAAGCUGUGACAUCCACGCACAUACCCUGAACUUGAAUGCCAAUCGGCUCACGGAAGCGUCCCUGGUUGCCAUUUCGGAUCUGAUCUCCAAAGCACGCUUGCCGAUCUGGGCGCAGUCGCAGGCAGGUUCGACACGCGUGGCAGCUCGGGCAAAGGUACACUACCCCGUUUUCGACAAGGAAGCAAAGCGUUUUACCCCUUUGAUGCUUCAUUUAGCUGCGGCCUCAGUGCGCCACACGAUGGAGGAGAAGUUGGCGUCACUGCAGGCUGGCAACAUGAUCGAGCGCCCGAUGCAAGUGACACAACUAGUGAAGGAAGCCUUCGACCACCGUUUCCCAUCCACGUCUGAGGCUGUGAAGAUCUACGACCUUCGGUGCUUUUUGGUGCUAGUUAUGCUGGCAGGAGCGGCAAUAUUGGGAAGCGAAGCAGCAGUGUCCACCCUUGCAGCUGCCAGUGCCCCAUACACAGCUGCCAUUCCAUAUAGCUGCCCUUCGUUUGUCAAG